AUUCGGACGGGUGAAGGAAGAUGAAGAAGUGAAGAGAGAAACAGAAGAAGAGAAAAUGAAAUGAAGUAGCACACGACAUCAUCAUACACAGACAGAGAUAUUGAGCUGGGCUUACUGAAAGUGAAGGGAAUUGGCCACUCUGUUAGAUUCUGCUAUCACUAUUAUGCACCCAUUAAAGGCAUUCACUUUUUUAAAUUUGAGACGUGCAAGAUUGCAUUAAAACACUCAUAUUCCCCAAGGUGUUUCUACAUCAUAAUCAUCAUCGAGAAUGGUGGCAUAAAUAAAGCCACACACUUCCAUCUAACUCCACAAGCUAUCUCAAUCCAUGACUGGUAGAGAUUCUUCCAUCUGAAAGCUAAGACAAAGAAGGAACUUGAUCGUUUCGGUUUUUGUUUUUUGAAACGAUCAAAUGACUACGAACGCAAGCACGAUGCCGAUCGUUGGCAAACUGUACUGUUCAUCGUCUCAGACGGUGCAUGUGGUGAGGAAGAGGCCACACGUGGUGAAUGGUGGUGGUUUUGUGGUGAUGGAUUCUAGUGCCCAGAGGGUUAUGUUCAGGGUCGAUGGUUGUGGUGUUCGUGGCAAAAAGGGAGACUUGAUCCUAAGAGAAGGAGAUGGAGACGCUUUGCUUCUAAUGCUUCGGAAGGGAGGCAUAGUGGAGGCCUUGAGCAUUUACAAGAAGUGGAAAGGUUACAGUUUAGACUACGAAGGAUCACGGAAGCUGGUUUUCAGCUUGAGAGAACCGAAUUCUUGUUUGUUUAAGAACAAGGCAAUCAGAAUCUCCACUAGGAACAGAGGCUGUGAUUUUAAGAUCAGUGGCUAUUUCCCGGACAAGUGUUGUAGCAUUGUUGACUCGAAAGGCAACGAGGUAGCACAGGUGAGGGUGAUGAAGGAAGUGGAGGAGUUGAUCCAAAACAAGGAUUUGUAUCAUGUGGUGGUGAAAGCUGGGAUGGAUCAAGCUUUUGUUUUUGGAGUCAUAGCUAUUCUUGAUCACAUUUAUGGAGAAUCUACCCACUGCUAAAUUCAGAACUCAUCAGAUAUGCUCCGAGUUCUGUGAUUUUUGUUUUUGUAUGUCGAAUCGUGUAACCAAGUUGUGGUUGAAGAAUUUGUCUUGUAUAAUGUGGAAAAAUGUGGCUAUUAAGGCGGUUUUCCUUGUAUUAAUUAGAGGAGGUUGUCUUGUUAAAUAAAAGAAACAUCCUUCUUUAA